CCUCCCCGGCAUCCUCCUCCCCGGCGUCUUCCUCUGGCAGUGCCGGCCCCAGAGCCCCGGCACCCUCCGGCAGCGCCGAUGCUGAGCACGGAAAGUUUCGCCGGGGCGAGAGCCCUGGGAGAGGAAUCGCUGCAGAUGUGGGACCUCAACAAGCGGCUGGAGGCGUAUCUGGCCCGCGUGAAGUUCCUGGAGGAGGAGAACGAGGUGCUGCGAGCUGAAAUCCAGAGCGCCAAGGGCAGCCCGGCCGGGGACUCGUGGCGGGGGAAGUACGAGGAGGAGCUGCGAGCCCUGCGGGAUGAGCUGGAUCGCGCCUUCAGGGAGAAGUGCACGGCCGAGCUGGCCAGGGACAACCUCUACGAGGAGGUCCAGCAGGUGAAAAGCAGGUGCCAGAAGGAGCAGGCAGCCCGAGAGGAGGCCAAGAAGCAGCUGUCCUUGAGCAGGAAGGAGCUGGAGGAGGAGAGGAGGGCGCAGAUCUGGCUGAAGGAGAGAGCCGUGCAGCUGCAGAAGGAGGUGGAAGCCUUGCUGGAGGUGCACGAGGAGGAGAAAGCCGGGCUGGACCAGGAGAUCGCCAGCUACUCCCAGAGCCUGGAGAGCUUGCGCUGUGCCCCGGUGGCAUUCCAGCCCGUGGAGGUGGAGGACUAUUCCAAGAGGCUCUCAGAGAUCUGGAAAGGGGCGGUGGAGACCUACAAGGCGGAGGUGUCGCAGCUGGAGGGCUCCCUGUGCCAGGCCAAGGAGAACCUGUGGAAAGCGGUGGAGGACAACCAUCAGAGCCAGCUGCAGCUGCAGCACCUGGAGAAGGACCUGGCGGGGCUCAAAGCGAGGAAGGAGAUGCUGGAGGAGAGCCUGGCCCAGCAGUGGCAGGAGCAGCGUGGGGAGGCAGAGAAGUUCCAGCUGGCGAUGGAAGCCCUGGAGCAGGAGCAGCAGAGCCUGCGGGUGCAGAUCGCGCGGGUGCUGGAGGACAGGCAGCAGCUCAUGCACCUCAAGAUGUCCCUCAGCCUGGAAGUGGCGACCUACAGGACGCUGCUGGAAGCAGAAAGCACCCGCCUGCAGAUGCCAGCCGGGGAAUUCAGGCUGGCCAACGGCAUGCGAGAUCUCAAACUGGAGGUGAGCAGCAGCAGCAGCAGCAAACUGGUACCAGCGAGCCCCGAGCCCAGGCGGCUGCUGUCCCGGGACCUCUGCACCAGCCCCUCUGUCUUCCCCAGGGCAGAGGGGAGGGCCCAGCCGGCGAGACCUCAGAGCGACGCCCUGACACCCAAAUUGCAGAGCGCCGGUGCCAGGGAGCUCCAGAAAAUCAGCUCGGUCCUCCAUGGAGCAGCUGCUGGCAGGGCUGGGGGUCCGGGUGCCCCCGGGUGCCUCACAGCGAGCCCCUCCCAGCCCGGCAAAGCCACCCCCUCUCUGUCCCCAGAGCCCCCCAGCCCCUCCCCACCGGAGCCGGGGAGCCCGGAGGGUGAGGGUCCUGCCUGGCCGGGGGGAGCCGGGGGGGUGACGAGCCAAGGGACGGAGCAUCCCCUGCCCGGAGCCAUCACGGAGACCCCCGAGGACGGCGUGAAGCCCCCGGGGACGGGGCCCACCCGCAGCCUGCAGUACCCGGCCCAGCUGGUCAGCGAGGCCCUGGAGGACGCGCUCAAGGAGAUGGAAGAUGACGCUCAGCCCCAAGAAGAGCUCGCCCUCAGCGCCACCUGGGCCCCGCAGGAUGCCCGUGCCCCCAGCCCCCUUGCCCCCUCAGAGGUUUGUGGAGGGGCUGUGGCAGAGGGGGCACGGGAAGGGCAAGACCCCACCGAGGCCCCUGAGGAUGGUGAUGGCCCCGAAGUGGAGGAGAAAGUUGGGGAAGCCGAGCUCCAGGGGCUGGGGGUGGAGAGCAGCACCCCGGGGGACAGAGCCACGUCCCCACUGGCCACGGCUGAUUCUCUGAGUGACACAGUGAGCCGGGAAGAGCCGGGAGCGUGGGAGGAGGAGGAGGAGGAGAAGGAGGAGGAGGUGCCUGCUGUGCUGAGCCCAAGGGAUCCAGGAGCAGAGGUCCAGGAAGAGGAUGUGAGUGGUCCUGGACAGACGGUGACCAGCUGGGAUGAACCAGAGCGAGAGGAGGAUGGGGAGGAGACCCCGAGCACGGAGCCAUCACAACCCUCAGAAGAUGAGGGGGAAAGGGGACUCCACAGUCCCUGCGAGGAGGACGGAGAUUUCCAUGGAGAAGGAGGGGAUGAGCCAGAAGAGGAGUCCCCAGACAGGGAAGUGGAAGCUGCUCGUGCUGUCCUCGUGGAAAGCCACCUGGUUUCACCCACAAAGAGUCACCUGGAAGAGGACUUGGUUGAUGGAGAGCAGGAAAAGUCUGAGCAUCGGAAAAUGACUGUGAGUGAGACAGAGGCUGCAGAGCAGGAAAGGGGACACGAGCUGUGCCCAGAGCAGGAGCCUUCAAGUGUCCACGAGGCCAUCCCAGCAGAGGAGGCUUCAUCAGGAGCUGAAGAAGAUGCUGUGGGAGGGGAGGACACAGGCAGAGUGAAAGAUGGUGAGGGAGAAAAGGGAGAGGCCAGCAGGGAGAUGCUGGGAGGAGAGGAUCCUGAGGCAGGAGAGGAUCCUGAGGCAGGAGAGGAUCUAGGGGCAGGAGAGGCUCCUGGGGCAGGAGAGGACCUAGGGGCAGGAGAGGAUCCUGGGGCAGGAGAAGAUCUAGGGGCAGGAGAGGAUCUUGGGGCAGGAGAGGAUCUAGGGGCAGGAGAGGAUCCUGGGGCAGCAGAGGCUCCUGGGGCAGGAGAGGAUCCAGGGGCAGGAGAGGACCCCAAGAAAGAAGAGGAUCCCGAGGCAGGAGAGGCUGCAGGAGAUGCCACCCUGGAGUGGGACAGCAGAGCUCCAGAGCAGCCCAAGGACCUGCAGGAAGCCAGAGCAGCUUCUGUGGAAGAUGGGGGGGAACAGGAGGAGCUGGAGCUGGAAGAGGAGCCCUGGGGCAAGGGGGAUGAUGGCAACGGCCAAGAGCCCUGUCCAGAGGACUGGGAGGUGACAGCAGAGGACACGGAGGGGGCUUUGGGCACAGAAGAACCAGCCUGGGCGGAUGACACCCCGUCCAGCACAGGAAGGCUGGAAAGUGAGGAGAGAGAUGGCACACUGCCAGCAGAGCUGGAGGAAGCCCAGGAAGACGAUGAAGAAGAUGCCAAGAGCCAGGGGAUGAGCCAGCAGCAGUCACUGCCAGAGGCUGAGCCAGCACCGGAGCUGGCAGGGGAGGAGCAGGAGGGCACCGCAGGGCAGCCUGACCCAGCCACCCCACAUGCCCCGGGGCAAGGGGAUAGCCAGGAGCCGGCUGAGGCUCCGGAGGAGCCGUGGGAGGUGCGGGCUGAGGAUGCUGAAGAGGAGCUCAGCUCAGAGCUGGGGCAGCCGGAGAGCAGCAGCUCCGGCCUCGUGGCACGGCAGGAGGUGUCGGGGGAGGGCACAGAGAGCGGCGAGUGGGCGGAGGAGGAUUUCGGGAGGCCGGGAGACUCGGAGUCCGCCCCAGGCACCGGCAGGAGGGUGGAGCUGGAGGACACCCUGCCAGACAGCACACCCUUGCACCUCUACGAGGGGGAGAUGCUGGCUGGGGGUGCACCCAGCCAAACCCCCCCCGAGACCGAGGAGAGCACGGAGACAGACCCUGUGAGCGGAACAGCUCCAGAGGGGGAAGGGUGGCUGGAAGGGAGGGACAAACCACUGACUCCCACCAUGCCAGAGAGCCCUGCAGAAGAGGCAGAGGCAGCCCCUGUGGCAGAGGGUGCUGAGGAGGAGGAAGGAUAUUUCAUGGUCUCUGCUCCCAGCCAAGAAGUGUCCAGCUCAGAGGAAGCCGAGAUCUCUGAGGACUUUGAAGAAAUUAAAGUGGAAGCAACUGAAGGCAGCCAAGGUGACCUGGCAACUCCCAGAGAAGCAUCUCCAGUGCCAGAGGGCAAAGGGCACCUCGAGACUUCUCUUGGGGAAGCAGAAGAAGACAUGCAGAUGCCCACAGAAGAAGACAUGGAAGUGCCCACGGAAGAACCUGAGAUGCCGCAGGAUGAGGAGGAGGACGACACUGCUGAGCUGGAGGAAGGCCUAGCUAUGCCUGAAGCAGAUCCCAGCUGCCCCAGGGCCAUGGGACCAUCAACAGGAGGCACUGACCAGCCAGCCCAGGGUGCCACAGGCACCGGAGCACAGGAGGGACCCGAGCACUCUGAGGGUUUGGCUGCUGAACUGGAUGAGGAACUCCAAGGCACAGUCGAGUUGGAGAGCGAUGCCAGUGGAGCCAAAACACUCCCAGCCUGCAGCCUGGGGCUGGUGGGGCAGGAGGAGGAGCAGGAUGAGGAUGAGCCUGGCAUGGCUCACCAUGACACGGCUGAGGCCACCCCUCCAGCAGAGCUCCAGGCCCAGGCAAUGCCCGAGCAGGCGGAGCAGCCGUCGGAUGAGCAGCCCAUGGAAGAAGAAGCAGCAGAGGGUGACAGCCCUCCCUCAGCAGGGGAGGAGCAGCCCCCUGAGGCCGACCCACCCCGGCCGGGCUCAGCACUGGAGCAGGGAGGUUUUCCAGAGGUGAUUACGGACAUCCCCGACACGGCUGUCCUCCCUGCAAAGGCGCCGGUGGACGUCAUGAAGGACUCCGAUAUUUUGGAAAUAGUUGAGCAGGCCCUGGAGUUCAACCAGGAGCUGGUGAUGGGGGCGAGGGCGGCCGAGGGAGGGCAUCAGGGUCCUGGCAGGACCGAGCUCCCCCGGGAUGCUGGGGAGGACUCCUCGCCCGCCUCAUCCAGCGAGGAGGAGCCGACGGUGCAGGAGGCGCCGGGAGAGGCGGCGCCGGGCACGGAGGGUCGGGUUCAGGCUGCGAACGGGCUGCACCGAGAGGCCAGUCUGGAGGACCUGGCCGAGUUCACCGAGGAGGUGCUGAACGGCAUCGCCAGCACGGCCCCCGAGGCGCGGGAGUUCCCCUCGGGGACCGCAGACCCUUCCGUGGUGACGCCAGCUGAGUCCCCCGCUCCUCGAGACACCGGCACGGCCAAGCUGGGCGAUGGCACCCCCUGGGGCAAACACGGCGGAGCAGACCCCGUGCCCCCCGCUCUGGGGGAGGAUGUCCUGCUCCUCACAGAUGACCAGCCACCAGCGUGUCGCCUGAGAGCCGAGCAGGAGCCCUGGUCCUCGGGGGACGAGUGACAGUGCCCUCCCCCCGGCAGCCCCUUCCCUGCCGUGACCCAGCACCCCCCCAUUUCCCCCCCCCACCCUCCUAAUGCUUCCCCGCCUCCUUACGGUUUUUAACAUGUUUGUGUGGAUUUUUUGCACCCCUUUUCAGAGUGAAGAACCACCAAGCUCCCUUCCAUCCCACAGCCUCCCUUCCCCCCCCAAAAAAAAAAAAUUGGCAUGUUUGCUUUGGGACCCCCCAGCUCAUUUUGAGCCUCCUCUGGGUGGGUUGCCGUGGCUGUAUUUAAUUUAAACUCUGUGUUUCCCCCUUCUCUUCAAUCUCCUCUCCUUCUGCCCUCCCCCCCUCCCCAGCAGCUGCCCCAGGAAGGCCAGCUGGAGGCUGGGGACCCCCCCCAUGCUGCACCCCAGGACUCAGUGCCUCGGAGUGAUGUCACCCCGGGGUCCCCAGCCCCGACCUGCCGACAAGGGGGCUGAGCCAAGCUGGAUGUUUCCGCUGCCCUGACGUUAAUUUAAUAAAGCCUCAU